GAAAACGUGCGAAGCCACGGCUUUAUCACAUAACUCGUGUCGAUUUCAUUUAAGCGGAAUCUAUCAAGAUGGACUCGCAUCUACAAGAAAUGAACGGAGGGGCAAAAUCAAGCAGUAGCUUUUCCGUGAAGGACAUACUGGAUCUACCUAAAGGAAAGACUGUCCUGAGUCCCGGGGGCCCUACCACUGUCAGCAGCGCCACCCUACUGUCUAUCCCUACGGUCCCGGAAGUACCGGACCUACCAUCCGUCACCGGAUACUAUGACAACGAUAAUCCAUAUACACGCUGGCUCCAAACUAACGAACACAUGCAUUAUACUAGUUUACCCCACAUGAAUUCACCCAGCGACUCGAAUCACUCCAGCGAUGUGUCCACGACUGAGAAUCAUUCUACUGUACAUAAUGACAUUACAGCUGUGAAAUCCGAAUUAAAUAGUUCCGAGGACUGUGACAAACUAAGUGACAAUGAAGGUGAUGAUUCGCAAGGAUCUCAUAACAAUGAUGGCCAAAAGAAAAGGAAACGCAGAGUGUUGUUCUCAAAGGCUCAAACGUACGAACUAGAAAGGCGAUUUCGUCAACAGAGGUACCUAAGUGCCCCUGAGCGUGAACAUCUAGCAAGUAUAAUUAGACUCACGCCAGUUCAGGUGAAAAUAUGGUUUCAGAAUCAUAGGUAUAAGCUAAAGAGGUCUCGGCAAGAAAAGGGGCUAGAUCUGAACCCAUUACCGUCUCCAAGGCGUGUGGCUGUUCCUGUGCUCGUGCGGGACGGCAAACCAUGCCAACCUGGAAUGAACGGCAUUGUGAAAUCCCAGGAACCCCUACCAAUGCAACCGAAUAUGAACUCUUCCGUGAACAUGAACAGCAGUUUGAGCAAUAUGAACAUGAACCCUAUGGGCUCUUUAACAAUGAAUAAUUCCAUGAACUCGAGUUUACCUACAUCGAUGAACAGUAUGAAUAUGAGCUGUUCAUAUAACUCAAUGGGAUCUAUGAACGCAAUGAAUUUGAACAUGAACAUGAACAUGAACAAUAUGAACGUGUUGCCUAGUUACAGCCAUCCUUUGAUGCAGCCUCAGACUAGAUGGUGGUAA